AGUUUGGGCAGCACCAGCUGGUCCAUGUUAGCACCUUAUGCUAGUAGAUUAUCCUGACAUAUUCACCAACCUAAAUGAGAUAACAAACCAUCCGACCAUUAAUGAACACUAUGAGCGAUCACUAUGAGAGAGUGAAGAUUGAGCUCCAGCAGAUGAAUGCGGUGGAGAGCGAGGCCGCGGCCGACGAAGAGCAGCUGUCCCCGGCCUCAGUGUCUUCAGUCCCCGCUGACGCCUCCUUCGCGGCUCGGAGAGACCUCUCCAGAAGUAGCGGCAAUGGGAGAAGUCGGAGUAAAAGUAGGAGCAAAGCUGACGGUCAAGAGAGACAGGUGAACGGCAAACUAAUGUCAGAUCUGACGCCACAGAAGUCAGACUAUUCACAGGAAAAAGGACAUAGCCGUGCGAGCAACGAGCAAAACAUUAAAGGUACGUUAAGUCUUUUAAAGGGCAAAACUGCGGCAAACGGUCACGUUGAGUCAUGCCAGAGACAGACAGAAGGGAAAUGUGAGCACCAUGGGAAAGAGGACGGGAGCAAGGUGGCCAAAAAGAGGAGAGCUGUGACGGUGGACACCUCCAAAGCGAAGACGUCGCUCGAAGCGCUGAAAAUGAGCAUCAGACAGCUGAAGUGGAAAGAGUUUCCGAUAGGUAGGCGGACAGCCUGUGAUAUCUACUGGCACGGUGUCUCGUUUCAUGACAAUGAGAACAUCGUCUCUGGGCAAGUCAACAAAUUCCCAGGAAUGAUAGAGAUGCUGCGGAAGAUAAACCUGAGUCGUGCCGUGCGCACCAUGCAAGAGCUGUUCCCGGAGGAGUACAACUUCUACCCACGCUCCUGGAUACUGCCCGAGGAAUACCAGCUCUUCUCCACACAGAUUCGUCUCCUGAAGGAUAACGAUUCAACCCUCAAACCCACUUUCAUUGUCAAACCGGACAGCGGAUCCCAGGGCGACGGCAUCUACCUCAUCCGUGACCCUGCUGACCUUCGGGCUAUCUCAGGUUCUCAGAUCAAACAAGCCGUUGUUCAAGAAUAUAUCCAGAAACCCCUGCUCAUCGAUAAGUUGAAGUUUGAUAUCCGCCUCUAUGUUCUGGUCCGCUCGUUGGAGCCUUUAGAGAUCUACAUUGCUAAAGAGGGUCUGUCCAGGUUCUGCACAGAACCCUACCAAGAACCCAGCCAGAAGAACCUCAGUCAUGUUUUUAUGCACCUUACCAACUAUUCCCUUAAUGUGCACAGCGGGAACUUUGUCCACUCCGACAGCUGCAGCACGGGCAGUAAACGCACCUUCUCUAGCGUUCUCUAUCGCAUAGCAUCUAAAGGAGUGGACAUCAAGAAGGUCUGGUCAGACAUUAUUGCUUUGGUUAUCAAAACAGUAAUUGCACUUGUGCCUGAACUGAAGGUGUAUUACCAGGCAGAUAUACCGCCUGGAAAACCAGGACCGACAUGUUUCCAGAUCCUGGGCUUUGAUAUCCUGCUGAUGAAGAACUUGAAGCCUGUUUUACUAGAGGUCAAUGCCAAUCCCAGCAUGAGGAUUGAACACGAGCAGGAGGUGUCACCUGGUGUGUAUGAAUAUGUACCGAGUCCAGUAGAUGAGGAGGUGAAAGUGGGUGUGAUCAGAGACACGCUGCGGCUCAUGGACCCCGCUCAGAGGAAACAACACGUAACUUUAAACACGGGGGGCGGUUCACCAGAAGACGGUAUUGCUGUGGAGACAGGAAGUGAUGAGAAAGAAGGCUUGAUGGAUUCUCUUCCAACUUUGUGUUUAAAACAAGUCUUCCCCAAAUACACCAAGCAGUUUAAUAACUUGCGGGCCGUGGAACGCAUUGCUGCCAUUUUCCUGCGCUUCCUUGGUGUCAAAGGAACCAUGAGACUGGGGCCGACCGGUUUCCGAACCUUCAUCAGGAACUGCAAGCUGAGUAACAGCAGCUUCUCGAUGGCUUCAGUGGACAUCCUGUACAUCGACAUCACACGCCGCUGGGCUGGAAUGCUCCCCGACUCCAGAGAAGCAGGAAUGUGUCUUCAGGCAUUUAUUGAGGCCUUCUUCUACCUGGCAGCACGCAGGUUCAAGGCUGUACCCCUGCGGGAGCAGGUGGUCUUGUUGCUGGAGGUGUGUGAGGGGGCACUCGAGGGGCAGAGCCACAGUGAGAAGCCACGGCCACACCGGUCACAACCAACUCAAUCAUCAGCGCCAAACACGUUCAGUUCCCCAGCACUGACACGCCGACACCAUCUACGGCAACAGCCGAUGCAACUCUCUGCUAAAGCAAACACAGAGAACUGACAAUCUCACACAUACAAACAGUUCCAUGACUUCUGAGGAAUGUCCAGUGGGCAAUGCCAUGUGCUUUUGAAUAAAUAAACAAGAAUAAUGAACCCAAUAUCAUCAAAUAUAGAAGCCAGGAUAGAUUCACUCUCUGUGCAAUAGCUUUAAGUUGAAUUGUUUAUACACAGCUCAGAUAAAGAUAUUUCUUUCACCACACUACACAGAAAAAAUGUAACAGAAUACAUUCAUGUGUGUGUUCUGAUGCCAGUACACUAACACUUAGGCACUUGUUUCAGUGCUAAAUGAGUGGACAGCGUGUGUGUGAGCAUGUGACUUGUGCCACGUUGCUCCUAUAUGCUUACCUUCAGGUAAUGUGGGUAGUAUUUGUGUGAAUCAAUCACUGCAGGGAUAAGAAAGCAUCCUUGAGAAAAUAUCCCAGGGAUUCAAUGUUUCUUAAAGGGAAGGGAUGCUGUCGUAACACCACUUCACUUCAGAAAAGCAGCUAAUUAUCUCAAAUGGCCACCUUUAACUAGGCAGAACACGCUGGCCUUUCGUUAGGGAAUGUUGUUAACACCAGGCAUGGCACCAAGUGCACCCAAAGUUUACGAAGUUGUGUUUUAUUUAUAACCAUAGAGAUUUAUUAUUUAUUGUUUUUCACUUAAGUCAUUUACUGUAGCUUUACUGAACUGCUUGUAGAAAUUAUGAUAGAAGGGAAAAAAGGGGUUUGCUGUGGUUUAAUGCAAGAGGACAUCUCACAGGAUUAGCACAUAUUUACACAGAUCAUUUAAUAUCACAUUGCAGCUGCAGGCAUCUACAUAUAUACACAUUAGGCUUGACUGAGAUGCACUUUUUAUGGUCAUGAAUAAACAUUGCAUUUCAAACAA